AGCCUGCUGCUCUCACAUCAUUUAAACCGCAAGGAAGUCUAGGUUAUAGGCUGAGAGAAAGGAGGUACAAAGUAGAGGCAAGCAAGAGCAGUGCAGCACUGUUAGAAAAUAUUCCACAAUACAGGAUUGGACAAGAAAGUCACAAUGAAGCUGUUUUGCCUGUUGUUGUUGCUAGCUAGUUCCAUUGCUGCCGUCCCUCUGGAGUCUUCAGGUAGAGAUGAGUACCCCACUCUGCCCUCCCAGGCCCUUACCACAGCACCAAGCCCAACCGAGGCAAAGUCUCGCUUUGCCAUGCUGGAUGAUGUUCGUCUACUCGCAAACGGCCUCCUUCAACUAGGCCAGAGUUUACGGGAGUUUGUCCACAAGACCAAGGGCCAAAUCAACGACAUCUUCCAAAAGUUGAACAUUUUCGACCGCUCUUUCUACCAGCUCACGGUGGUCACAUCUGAGAUCAAGGAGGAAGAGGAGGAGUUGAAGAAAACCACCAAUUUCUUGAAGGCCAACAACGAGGAGAUCAGGAACCUGUCGCUGGAAAUCAACUCUAAGAUCAACGGCAUCCUUCAGGAGCGUACACAGCUGCAGAGCAAGGUUGGGAACCUCGAGGAGCGGCUGAAGGGACUGUCACAGAGCAUUAUCCCUGCUGAUCAGCUUAGCGAAAUUACAACGCUCAAGGAAGUGAUUGAAUCUCAAGAAAAAACAAUCAUCAAUCUGCUGAAAGCUGUGCAGGAGCAGCAUGAUCAGCUCGACAACCAGAAAUCCAAGAUUAAAAACCUGGAGGACAAGCUAAACUAUGACAGCUUUCAAGAUACAGUCGAUAAGGCAAUGGGUUCAGACCCUGCAGCUCCUGAUAUGUUUGAAUAUCUGACAGGAAACACAACUGACCUGGACGUGAAUGGCCUCCCCAUGGAUUGCAGUGAGUUGUUUAACAAAGGAGAGGAAAACAGUGGAAUCUAUGUUAUCAAGCCAAACCAAUCUGAGCCAUUCAACGUUUACUGUGAAAUGAGUUCAGAUGGGGGUUCAACUGUCAUCCAACGCAGGGUCGAUGAUUCAGAUUUUGACCAGACAUGGGACAAGUAUGAGAAAGGCUUUGGAGAUCUGGAAAAAGACUUCUGGUUGGGCUUGAAGAAGAUCCAGAGCUUUACACAGCAGGGAGAUUACAUCCUGCGUAUUGAGUUGGAGGACUGGAAGGACAUGAAGCACUGGGCUGAGUAUAGCUUCUCACUGGAGGGUCCCUCCAAGGGCUACACCCUUCAUGUCAGCCACUUAUCUGGUGACCUGCCAGAUGCCAUGGCCAACAGCACCGGCAUGAGAUUCUCCACAAAAGACAGAAAUGAUGACAGCCACCGAAACUCCAACUGUGCUCGCAGUUACACAGGUGGUUGGUGGUUCAAUGCUUGUGGAGAGACCAACCUUAAUGGAAGGUAUUUGUGGUCGAGGGCAAAAGGACGCUCUAUGAGAAGAAAGGGCAUUCAUUGGAAGCCUGGCACUGGGCCCUCAUAUUCCCUCAAGAUGACCAAAAUCACAGUACGACCAGCUCUGACUGCUGAAAGCUUCAACUGAAGCUGAACAAGUCACGCAUUUUCUUCCAACACUACUGGGAUUUUUCACAAACAGUAAUAAUAUAUAAUGCUCAGCCAGAAAGUUCUAUAGAAGUGGAAAGUGAAGUAACAGACAAAUUCUUAUUUUAUCUGCACCAUAAAGCUGAUUACUUCCUAUCAGCGCUUGUUAGAGGCUGGUGCUGAACAGAUAAUAGGUCAAAAAAAGUCACUAGUCUGAAAAUGUUAAACUGUCGCAAUGAUGCAACCGUGCCACACAGGCCAUCAACCUAUUGGGUGUGAUCCGGCAAGGACAGUAGACUUGUAAUUAUGCAACAUCUCCAUUUGCAUCACAUUUAUUGAUCCACAUCAGCAACCUGAAUCAGUGCUGGCUGCAAAAUGCCACAGUACUGCAGUUGGAAAGAGGACUAUAAGCAGAGAUUUCGAAGUGAUUCUAACAACUGAGAUUGCUAGGCUGUCUGUUUAGUGAACUUAAAUGUAUUUGACAGCUUCUAUAUAUUCUAUAUAUUUAAAAUGUAUUAUCUUGUGUUGUGAAACUGUUUCCCAGGGGUCACAAAUACUAACAAGUUAUUAUAAAAGGCAUGCAUAUUGUAUAAGUCAAUGUUCAAGAGAACCACUGCUUCUCCAACAUCACAAAAAGUGUCCAUUAUGGUAAAUUGUUGCCAAUGAAGGUCUUAUCAUUGGUGCCCUGGCAUUUUACACAGUUUUAUGAAAAACUAUCUACAGUGGGGGCAAUAUCAGCAGUCAAAUACAGUA